AGGUUGUUUUCAACAAUCAACAAUCAACAAUCAAUUUGUGUUCACAUUCUUCUCAAAAAUCUUCGCUGAAAUCACCACCUCACUCAACAAUGGCAGCGAUUUACAGCCUCUACAUAAUCAACAAAUCAGGUGGCCUCAUUUACUACAAGGAUUAUGGUUCGGCGGGAAGAAUGGAUACGAACGAUACGUUGAGAUUAGCGAGCCUCUGGCACUCGAUGCACGCCAUCUCUCAGCAGCUUUCCCCCGUCAAUGGCUGCUCUGGAAUUGAGCUCCUUCAGGCUGAUCAUUUCGAUCUUCACUGUUUCCAAUCUCUCACUGGCACGAAAUUCUUUGUGGUGUCGGAGCCUGGAAGCGUUCACAUGGAGAGUCUGUUGAAAAAUAUAUACGAGCUGUACACCGAUUAUGUUUUAAAGAACCCUUUCUACGAGAUGGAGAUGCCUAUCCGUUGCGAGCUUUUCGACAUUAAUUUGGCACAAACCGUGCAAAAGGACCGCGUUGCCUUAUUGGGAAGAUAACUUUUGCCGUAUUACUUUGUUUUUAAAACCUUUGUUCCAAAUUGGUGUUUUUGUUAUACACAAGUAUGGUUCUCUAGUAUACCGAAUUACUGAUUUUCAUUAUGACAGACUGAUUAUAUUGAAUGCCAAAUAUUCACUUCUUAGUUUAACUU